AUGAAGUGCUGGAUCGCAAGCAUGCAGGGACCCGAGAAGCAGGGCGAGGAGCGCGCGAAGGAGUUCGCAACACACAACUUCGAACGGGUGUGGAUGCAGCAGAAGAUUGAGAAUGCUUUCUUCGCGAACAUCUCGGAGCUGCAAGACCUCCAGGAGAAAGGACAUGCCGGAAUCCCGUGCCUCGUGGAGAAGCUCCACAAGGAAUAUCUCAACCACCUGCAUCUCUCCUGGAAGUGGGACGCCUUUUACAAGUUGGAGGCCAAGUUGGACCGGCUGCAGUUCGAUCUGAGCAUGCUCGGAGUGGUGUCGGAGGAGCAGAAAGAGCAGCUGGCAAGUGCGGAGGUAGAGAGGCGCCUGGGCCAGCACUCCCCCUUCACUCGGGCUUUGUAUCAGUCCUUCGUCACGGACGUGCUUCAAAAAGGCUUGUUUGAGAGGAUCUCCCAUGCCCUGCUCCAGUUCCAGGGAGAAGGAUACAUGUGCGAGGGCUACAAGCAGCAGAGUGCUAUUGAUCGGGCAUGCGCUGAGAUUCGCCAGAUCACGGACGAGGCACACAACAUCUUCGAGACUCGAUCUUAA